AUGCAAGCGAUCAAAUGUGUGGUUGUCGGCGACGGUGCUGUUGGUAAGACCUGUUUGCUGAUUAGUUACACAACUAAUGCUUUUCCUGGAGAAUACAUACCUACCGUAUUUGACAACUAUUCUGCCAAUGUAAUGGUUGAUGGUAAACCAAUCAAUUUAGGAUUGUGGGAUACAGCUGGUCAAGAGGAUUAUGACAGACUCAGACCUCUAUCAUAUCCUCAGACGGAUGUGUUUUUGAUUUGCUUCUCCUUGAUUAGCCCAGCAAGUUUUGAGAAUGUGAGGGCAAAGUGGUAUCCUGAAGUGUGCCAUCAUUGUCCAAAUACCCCAAUUAUUUUGGUAGGAACUAAACUUGACCUGAGGGAAGACAAAGAAACUGUGGAAAAGCUGAAAGAAAAGAAGUUGUCACCAAUUACUUAUCCUCAGGGUUUGGCCAUGGCAAAAGAAAUCACUGCAGUGAAGUACCUGGAAUGUUCUGCUUUGACGCAGAAAGGUCUCAAAACAGUAUUUGAUGAAGCCAUACGUGCUGUUCUAUGUCCCAAGCCAAAACCCAACAAAAGAAAUAAAUGCAAGAUUUUUUAA